AUUGGACUUCCAGGGUGUUUCGAAUAUUAGCGUCACGGCGCGUAUAUGAGAUUGAUGUGAGUUGCAGUGGCAGUUUGUGCGUUAUUGAUUUUAGGAUUGUAUCUCCGUGACUUACUGACCUCCAUUAGUGAUAGCGUCUCAAUAUUAUAAAACUCUGGAGAAUAUUGUUACUAUUUAUGUUUUUCAUAAAAUGGUCCUACAGGCCGUCAGUAGAAGAUGAAUUGUUUCAGCGGAAAAUCCAUUGUAAUAAUUGCCUUCCUAUUUGAAAACUCCUGAGCUUUUGUAAUCACCUACAGUUUUCUUUUGUAGUUCUCGCUUUAUUCGAAUUAUUAAGGGGAAUACAUGUAAGAAACUUUGUUACCAGUUUCCUGUUUUCCUGACUUUUCCUACACCGGAACACGUAUAGACUGGUUUUAUCUUGCCAUUAAAUAACUGAAAGCCUCGAAAGCUGCAGGACCCGAUGAAAUUCUAUCAGAAGCUAUCGGAAUUCACCUAAAGACUGCAGCAGAUUUGAUCAGGUCACUACUAAAGGUUUGGAGUAAGAAAAGAAAGAAAAGCUACUCGAUGAUCGAAAGGUAGGCUACCUUGUCAAAUUCCCAAUGAAGAUUGUAUUCGAGUUUUAGAAGAAGUGGCAUAGAAUCGUGCUCCCGCCGACUGCAAGCAAAAUAUUAAAUCAUGUCAUUCUGGUGAGAUAAGAAGUUGCUCUGGAUGCAAAACUCCAUCCGGAAAAAGCUAGAUAUAAAAGCAACGCUACGCACCAUCAUCAAACAGAGUGUAGAAUGGUAUUGAAAUACCUACCUCAACUUCAUCCAUAUAGCAAAGGCCUUCGACAGCGUGAAUCGUGAAGGAAAAAACUGAAUCAUCUCAAACAGACAAAAGUGAUUUUGCGCUUUUGUACUAAUAGAUUCGUAGAGCAUGUUGUAGAUACACCAGAAGUGUCAGAUGAAACUGAAGAGGGUGAGGUCGACGAUUGUUCUGAUCAGGAGGAGAAUGUAUCAGGUACGAAAACGAAAUGCGUUGAAAUUGCUUAAAGAUCCUUCUAGUGACUGUAACGUUUCAAAUUCGAACGACCACCACUCUUCGAAGCCUCGAAUCAAAGACGUUUCACUAAAAAUUUCAUGUGAUAAGAUUUCUAAACUGUCCAGUGUAGAUGUCCUCACGCCUCACAAAAAUGACUCUUCACAGUCAACUCUCAGUACAGUUUUUCCAUCAAAGCCAACAUAUGAAAGUCCCAGCAAUUUCAGAGGAAACAUAAACCAUAUACAACAUACACCUAAUGAAAAGCAAAUUACUUCUAAUCACACAAAACAUCUCACUCCACGAACAUCGGAGGAAGUUGGACCACUGCAUAUUUCAGCACCUGCUCCACAAUCAAACGAUCCUCUUAAAGGUCUGAAAAAUUUGGAAAAGGUACAACUUCAAAUGCAACUAGCACUAACUAAAAUUCAGAAAAGUAAUAACGAAACCACAAUUCCGUAUCUACCGUACUCUCCGCCAGUGCAAACUGUUGCCGCAAGUGUUCCACCCACUCUAGUAACGUCAGAAUCUAAUAACUGCUUCAAUUCAUAUACAUCUUGGCAAGCAGCUGUUCCGUCCUCAACAUCUUUUGGUUCUCAGCAGGAAAUUAUUAAUGUGCAUUCGAUGUAUCAAGAGGCUUUGCAGCUCUAUCAGCGUGCUUCUGCUACUAUUGGGUCCACCCGAAAUGUCAACAUCCAGGCACCACCGUUUGGCGCUCCUGUUGUUGCUUCCUCUUCAAAGGUAUCUUCCCAAGGUUAUCCAAAUACUCAAACUUCUGUUUGUGGUCCUGACCGUUCAACAAAUCUCUCAUCAUCCACACUAACUCCACCUCCCCAGGACAUUGACCUACGUUCUUGUCCGCCUACAAUGAUUUCUAAUCAAACACAUCCACCUGAUAUGCAAGUUGCUUAUUCAUUGGCUUACUCUGCUGCCUAUCAGGAGACUAUAAAAUACAUGUCUUCCAGUGUUGGUGGCAGUUUGGCACCUAAUACUCCGGAGUACUCAUCGCAUUGGGAUCGUUCUUUUAAUUACUAUUUGAAUUACUACUUACAGGCGCAUAACUGUACUUCGGAGCUAACCAAGGGUCAACAAGCAGUCAAUUUCCCUGUCACUGGCAUUCCAAAACGUCCUCUUAAUGAUGAAUCAUCUUGUAUUGAUGAUGAUUCUAAUUCACAGUCUACACAAGAUGAUACAAAUAAUCAUGACUUCAAGCGUUCACGUCUUUCACCUGGUGAUGCAUUCACUAGCAUUCCAUCAAACUCUGUUGAGCAUUCCUAUAUUCGGAAUAAAUCCCCUGGCAUUAGAGAUGGUGGAGAUGAUAACGGCUCGAAAAGUGAUUUAUCCUCAUCAAAAUAUGUGUGGAUCAGCAAUGUUCCUCAAGGUGUUCGAGCGGUAGAUGUCAAAGAGAUUUGUUCACCUUAUGGGAAGGUACGAAGCAUAAAAAUUAUCAGGAGUAAAAAAAGUCAAUCACCAUCCACUUUCGCUUAUCUAAUCAUGGAAACUCCAGAAGCUGCAGUUCGGCUUGUACGAGGUUUACAGGGGGUAAAGUAUCGUCAGCAUAGAUUGAAAGUCAAGCAGAUCAAUGCAAUUCGUUUCCCCUAACCCCCAGGACUGACUGCGCGAGAUUCAUCAUCUAAAUUGUUAUAAGUAUUUUUUACCUAAAUUUAUUUCAUGAGUGUUAAUUUCUUUUUUACUACUGUUUGUACACAAAUUUAUUUCCUCAGUGCUGCAUUUAUUUGAUUUUCAGGUAAUGCUGUGUAUUUACUAGAUGAUUUUGAAAAAAAUAAUGUUUUGUUUUCUUUGAAUCUUUUCAACAACUUCAAAUUUUGAGAUUUAUAUCUAUUCUAUAAUAUCCUCCAUGUGAUAUUCCCGUUGCCUGUCUGUAAAUGUAGAGAGACAAUCAAAUUUCAGUUUGGUGCAAGGUUUUUUAUUUUGUAUAUUUAUAUGUCAAACCAGCCAAUGGAGGGCUGUUUCUUGCUUUAUCUGUACAUGCAUUAUGUUACUUUGUUGAGACAUAAUUUCUAGAUGUCAUUUGUGUAAAUUGCUUAAAUAGGUUUCUUCUUCUUCACAUUUUCUUUUGGAUGAUAUCUUUUACUUAGUUACUUUCAAUACAGACAACAACCAAUUCACUUGAUUUUCUUGUUGUUAUUAUCAUGAGUCACAAUAAUCGACGAUACCAACUAAAAGAGAC